AUCUCUCGGGAAGUGUCCGCGAAGAUCCGGAACCGGAUUCGAGCAUCUUUAGUCGGCGAGUCCGUCGAGUCCAUCGUCGACAAGUUCGACGACGACAACUCGGGCACGCUCGACGCGUCGGAGCUCACGGAGCUCAUGCGCCGCGUGUUCCGCAUCGCGCCCGCGGAGGUGAGCGACGCGGACAUCCGGAAGCUGCUCGACGCGCUCGACGAGGACGCGUCGGGCACGAUCUCCACGGCGGAGUUC